AAACGAUCUCUCAUCCGGGUCAUUCAAAUUUUUCUUCCUUCAAAAAUGGAGAUAAACUAAAAUCCUGAAAUCUCCAUAAAAAGUUGAAUACCUCUCUCAGUAUGUAAGCAAAGAAGACAAGAGUGAGAUUUUAACAAUGGCUUUAUACUUUGAUCAGAAGAUCCAGUCUCCCACAAGUGGUGCUACAACUGAAGCUAUAUGGCACGAUAACUUUGCCAUAUUAGCUGUUGGAUCCUUCAGUGAAACAACAGGGGGAUCAGUCAAUUUGUUUCUAGAUGAGGGAGAACAUAUCCAAGAUGCGGUGCUUCAGAGAUCUUGUGCUCCUACAGCUUUGGUGUGGCACCCUACUAAACGUAUCCUUGUGGCUGGAUGGGAGACAGGUGAAAUGUUGAUCUGGAAUGAUCACGACCAUGAGUUACAUGAAGCACCUAAAGUAAACAAGGGGGAGGUAGUGGGACUUGCCUGGAGCUCUACUGGGACAAGAUUAGCGACUGGCUAUUCAGAUGGCACAUUCAUAGUGUGGAAGAGUGACUCAAAAGGACGUCUUCAGCAGACGCCAUUUGCCAAACAUGAUCUGAAUGAGAUCAUCACACAAGUCAUCAUACGACCAACACCCCCUCAAGACCCAUCACAAGAUAUUGCUGCACUAGCCAGGGCUGCAGUGAGUGGGGAUGAGAGUGCUUUAGAUAUGUUUAACUGGAAGAAAGGCAAAAAGGGAGCCCCCCUCAACAUGGGAUCACAGGAGGCUAACAGCUUCUUUGUAGGCUGCGACAAAGGGAGUGUUUACUAUGUAUUGGAUAGUGGGAAGAAGGUGGCUGUCCACCAAGCUGACAGUAGUGUGUUAAAACUAUUGUUUUACGAGGAGAGAGAUAUACUGGUGACGAUCACAGAUUCUCUUAUGCUUACUCAGCAUACUGUAACAGGAGAUGGCCAGGUCUCAGAAAUACUGAAGGUGAAACUGAGUGGAAAAUCCCAAGAGCCUGAUAUCAUAUGGGCGGGACCUGGUAUCCUAGCAACAGCCACUGGGGAGAGUGUAGUAAGGAUGUGGGAUCUGAUCAAAGAAGACAACUAUGUGCUCCAUCUAGAGGGAGUAGCUGGCUAUGAUAUAACAGAACCCAUUGUUGGAAUUUCUUACUGCCCUACCAAAGGUAUCCUAGCUGCAGGUAUCUCAUCAGGGAAGGUAGCAAUGUGGAACUUUGUCCCUACGCUCCCUGGUCAGAAACAAGAGCCAGAAGAUCAGUGGAAAUUACAGUCACCUUCUUUGCUAGAGGGAGCCACCAUCAAACAAGUUGCUUGGGGGACUUCUAAAAACAUGCUGGUGGUAAAUUCACUGACUGAUGUCUAUGUACUUAGUGAGCAGGUGAUGAGUGCGCAUUAUAAAUCACAGUGUGUUGUAGUGCAGACUGGCCCAAGCAAUCUCUCCAUCGACAACUUUGCUACAAGCACACACCAAGAUCUCAAAACUGAUAUACAAAUUAAAGGCACCUACACUACAGGGGAAAAUGUUGCAAUAUGGAAUGGCAGGAAGCUAGUCGUGUAUGAAAUAACAGGGGACAAAUCUACUAUACGCGCAGCAGGGACAUUUUCCACUGAAUCCACCAUAUGCUGCUUAUAUGAGCAAAAUGUCUACACAAUAGAACAGGCCAAAGUUCAAGUUCGAACAUUCCAGGGCACCGUAAAGCAGCUGAUUAGUUUCACAGAGGUAGAGGGCCAACCUGUAACAUUGGAAGUCUGUUCACCACAUUUCCUCAUAGUCGGCACAGAGAAUGGAAUCAUUAAACUAUUUGACUUAUCCAGAAGGGAGGCCAAGCAGAUAGGAACUGCAAAGAAUAUGACUGACGUCAUCUCACAUUUUGGAGGAUUUGUAUCACUCAGGUGUAACUGUGCUGGAAAUAAAGUCAGUCUUUGUAUUAAAAAGCCCAAUGGUAGCACAGACAGUAAACUGUAUAUUUGGGACACUGAACUAGACACUCUACAGUACUUUAACUUUGAGACUGGUAAGGGAGAACAAGAUGACUUCGCUCCUGGCACAAUGGAAAGUGAUCAGGAAACUGCAGAAGAGAGAAGAGCUAAACCUGCCAGGUCACAUAAGUAUAUGCUGUUUAGACCAGGGUCACAUAAGCCCCCUGGCUCUAAGAAGCCCUCUAGAGGAAAGAACCAAGCAGCUCGUGAUAUUGCAGGUAGAUUCCCAAUCUCCCAUUUCUGGGAUCCAUUGGAGACUAAACUACUGGUCUGUGAGACUAAAUCAUUACCUAACCAACAGAGCAAGCUGAACCAAAGUAUUUCUCUUACAUCAUCCAUGUCUAGGGCUACUCUAGAACAACCGCCAGAAAUGAUGAUCGUUUCUCUGUUCGUAACACCAGAGAAUGGGGUCCUCAUUCAAGACAGUUUCUCUAUGAAGAAGUCUCACAGCUCUAUGCUUGGUAUGCAGGUGCCCUAUUACUACUUUGCUAGAAAGGCUGAAGAUACAGACAAAGCCGAUGCCAAUGCUGCACUAGACGAGAGCAUGAACCGUCCACAGACCACUGCAGCGCCAUCUUUCACAUCAAAGGCUGUUUCACGACGUACUAUGCGUGAUUUCAUUGGUCUAGAGGAUGCAGAUAAGAAUGCGCGUGAUGCCAUGAUGAACUUUAGCUUCUAUCUGACUAUAGGGAAUAUGGAUGAAGCAUUCAAGGCUAUUAAAUUGAUCAGGAGUGAAAGUGUUUGGGAGAACAUGGCUAAGAUGUGUGUGAAGACAAGAAGGUUAGAUGUCGCCACUGUCUGUCUGGGCAACAUGGGGCAUGCUAGAGGGGCUAAAGCUUUACGUGAGUCAGUUGCUGAACCAGAAUUAGAUGCCAGGGUUGCUUGCUUGGCAGUGCAACUGGAUUUACAUGAAGAUGCAGUGAGGCUACUGAAAAAUUGUAAACGGUAUGAUCUUUUGAAUGACUUCUACCAGAGCAAUGGCCAAUGGGGCAAGGCCAUGGAGACAGCUGAGAUGUAUGACAGGGUACAUCUGAGGACAACGUACUACAACUAUGGCAAACAUCUAGAGACCAAAGGAGACGUCAAUGGGGCCAUUCCAAACUAUGAAAAAUCUGAGACGCACAGGUUUGAGGUUCCAAGGAUGUUGUUUGAUGACACACAGAUGUUAGAGAACUAUAUUGUCAAGAAUAAAGACAAGCAAUUACGUAAAUGGUGGGCCCAAUACAUGGAGAGUGCAGGUGAGAUGGAGACAGCUUUGCAGUUCUAUGAGGCUGCAGCCGACUAUCUCUCUCUAGUCAGAGUCUACUGUUACUGUGGCAACCUGGACAAGGCAGCUGAGAUCUGUAAUGAGACUGGGGACAGAGCAGCGUGCUAUCAUCUAGCAAGACAAUAUGAGAACAACAAUGAAAUCAAACAAGCCAUUCACUUCUUCACCAGAGCCCAGGCCUAUGGAAAUGCCAUACGACUAUGCAAGGAGAACGAGUAUGAAGACCAGUUGAUGAAUCUGGCCCUUGUUAGCAGCCCAGUGCAUAUGAUAGAGGCAGCAAGGUACUAUGAGAACAAACACGAUGGCAUGGACAAAGCAGUAAUGCUAUAUCAUAAGGGUGGUAAUUUUGCCAAAGCACUAGAUCUUGCAUUCCAAAGUCGUCAGUUAGGGGCUCUCCAACACAUUGCAGAGGACCUCACUGACACUACUGACCCUGAACUGCUGCAGAGGUGUGCUGACUUCUUCAUGGAGAAUGGACAGUUCGAUAAAGCAGUGGAUCUGCUUGCAGUAGGCAAAAAGUACAUUGAGGCCCUAAAACUAUGCCACCAACACCAAGUGCCAAUGACAGAGGAACUAGUGGAGAAACUGACACCUGCUAAAGGGGUGGCUGAGAAUGAAACUGAUGAGAGAAACAGGAUAUUAGAAGGAAUAGCUGAAGUGUGUAUGAACCAAAGACAAUACCAUUUAGCAACUAAGAAGUUCACACAGGCUGGAAAUAAAAUGAAGGCUAUGAAAUCUCUAUUAAAAUCAGGGGAUACAGAAAAGAUCAUUUUCUUCGCUGGGGUGUCUCGUCAGAAGGAGAUCUAUGUAAUGGCUGCUAAUUAUCUCCAAUCGUUGGACUGGCGAAAAGAUCCCGAGAUCAUGAAAAACAUUAUAGGGUUUUAUACCAAGGGACGUGCCCUAGACUCACUUUCGGGAUUUUAUGACGCCUGUGCAAUGGUUGAAGUAGACGAAUACCAGAACUAUGACAAAGCACUUGGGGCCCUGACUGAAGCCUACAAAUGUCUCACUAAAGCCAAGAUGAAGAAUCAGACUCAACAAGAGGAGAAACUGGCAGCCUUGAAGACGAGGAUCACACUCAUGAAGAAGUUUGUCACUGCACGAAGAGCCUAUGAUGAGGAUAAAGAUGAAGCUGUUAAAGCCUGUCAGGUCUUACUUGAAGAGCCAGAACUGGAUUCAGCUGUUAGAGUAGGAGACGUUUUUGGAUUCAUGAUUGAACAUUAUGCCAAGAAGGAGCAUUGGAAAGCUGCAUAUGCAUGUAUGGAGGAGAUGAGAGCCAAGAUCCCUAAAGUGAACCUAGGUUACUAUGUUAACAUGAGGACUAUAGAACAAGUGCAUAGUGCCCUACAGAUCCCGCUGGGUCGGGGUACGGGGGCAGAGAUAAAUGGCUUCCGGGCAGGCUCCCCGGGAGAUGAGGAAACAGGCGAAGAAGUUGAAGAGGAUGUCAUCGAUGACUUUGCUGAUGAUUCUACAUGUUGAGAUCUCAUACAAGGACUUAUGAAUAUUGGCACCCUUGAAUCUGGUCCUGGUGAUUCUUCAUGUUUAGAUGUGGUAUCAGGGUCCUAGAAAUUGGAAAUACAGACUUGUAAAUAUGUAUCUCUGUAUAUCAGGACCCUUGAAUCAAAUACUAUACUUAUGGUUCUACCUGCUCAGAGAUCUUUAAACAUAUCUGCCUUAUGUAGGAUGUCUUUGAUAAACCAGAAAUCUGAUACAGGAGUGCUCAUCUUGGAACCUUUGAUUUCUUGUUAAUUUCAUAUUAGGACCCAUGAAUUCAUCUAUUUUUGUGGAACUUGUGAAUGCAUUUGUCUGAAUUCAAUAUCAGCACUCAUAUUUUCAAUUUAUAUUUUGUGAGUAUCAGAGCCUAUGAAUUCAGGUGUGGAAUUAGGUCCAUGAUGGUUAAUUGAGCUAAUCAAGCAAGUCGUACAAAAUAUGUUUCUAUGGCAACAUAUAAUAUAUUAUAUAUAUAUUUACAUCUCACCUUGAAUUUUUCAAAACGCCCCACUUUAGGGUUCACAUAAUGGUAACAAAAUGAGACCGUCCAUCACUUU